GAGGAAGAUGUCAUAUUCCGGCGCUUCCUUGAAGAGUGCCCAAAUCCAGACCCCGACAACUCUCUCGUUGCCGUCACUUUUCUUGGAAUUCUCUGGGAUUAUUUCCCCACUGUGAUGAGCCGUGAACCCCCAAAUUACGGUCUAGUCACACAAGCCAUCCGAAGCCGUUCCUUGACUGGGUUUGUGGAGCAUCAUGAUCCACUUCGUGCACGGCCCAACGAGCGUAGACCCAACUCACUGUUUACGGGUCCCUCUGUACCUUACCAGAAGCAGGCAAUCGAGCGUUCUUGGACGGAGGCCUUCAUGGGCACGGCACCGCAAGCACUCAAAGCUUAUAUAGACAUGCAUACUGUGCCACCAAGGGAUGAUGUCUAUGGCCACUUUUGCGCGAUCGUCCAAUCCUCAGGCAUGGGGAAGUCACGAUUAGUUGAUGAAUUCAGUCGAACGAAUGUCGUAAUUCCAAUGAAUCUGCGUCCCCUUGGGACUACCGGCUUUCCCCCUGCAGACACGAGCGUCAGACAAUACUUUUCAAGCCAUGGGCCCUUUAUAACUCAGCAUAAAUCGAACCGCCUCUGGCUCUGUCUUCUUAAAGCGUUAUUUUCCGAGACAGCCAAUGUCAUCAAAGGAAUGACGUUUGAUAGUCACGGCAAAAAUCGUCGAUCAUUUUACGAGAAGGUAGUUUGCAAGGCAGAAGAGAAAUAUAAUGCACCCAGGGUAGUGACACUGACAUUAGCAUGGCAGCCAUGAAAUCCGCAUUUUGUGAGCUCAUGAAGGUUGUCGAGGAUGUACCGAAAAAAGCAAAACGAUCAAUACGCCGCAACAACGAUUCCGAUUCCAUAAAAUCUUCCAUAUUCUUAUCAUUUGAUGAAGCCCACUCUCUCAGCAGUGAUUUCCUGGAUUGGACUGGCAAUUCAACAGGGAAUUCACAUAUGGUAGAGUUACGCUGAAUCCUACAUUCAAUAAAGCUAUGCCUCUCUUAGCUUUUUUUA